GACCACCAGUAGUGAAAGACUUCCGUAACCAUGUCUACGGCCUACCGUAACCACGUGACGUCCAUUUUAGCCGGCUCUUGGCAGACGCCCACUUGUGACGAAAGGUCUCUUGAUUGGUGACUUCUGCACAAUUCUUAUUGGGUCUUGUUGGCGCGAAGGUGUGCGGCUCGGAGACACGGGGGAGGCGGGAAACAAUAGCAGGAGGAGCAGGCCCGGUCACCGUGGGAGGAGUCAGAGGAAGAACCGGGGAACGUGAGUCUGGCUGCUGACUUACAGAGCAAGUCGAGUCGUGAAAACAGUAAAGUAUCCGUCCCUGGAUUUACUAUGGCUGAUAAAGAGGCUGCGUUCGAUGAUGCGGUGGAGGAACGAGUCAUAAAUGAAGAGUAUAAAAUAUGGAAGAAAAACACCCCUUUCCUGUAUGAUCUGGUGAUGACCCAUGCCUUGGAGUGGCCUAGCCUCACUGCUCAGUGGCUCUCAGAUGUUACCAGACCCGAUGGGAAAGAUUUCAGCAUCCACAGACUGGUACUGGGAACACACACUUCUGAUGAACAGAAUCACCUGGUGAUUGCUAGCGUGCAGCUUCCUAAUGAUGAUGCUCAAUUUGAUGCUUCCCACUAUGACAGUGAAAAAGGAGAGUUUGGAGGCUUUGGCUCUGUGAGUGGGAAAAUAGAAAUCGAGAUCAAAAUAAAUCAUGAAGGAGAGGUGAACAGAGCUCGUUACAUGCCACAGAAUCCAUGCAUUAUUGCCACCAAAACUCCAACCAGUGACGUUCUUGUGUUUGACUACACCAAACACCCAUCUAAACCAGAUCCUUCUGGUGAGUGUAAUCCAGAUCUCCGACUUCGAGGCCACCAAAAGGAGGGCUAUGGCUUAUCCUGGAAUCCCAACCUAAGUGGCAACCUGCUUAGUGCUUCAGACGACCAUACAAUAUGCCUGUGGGAUAUCAGUGCUGUACCUAAGGAGGGCAAAGUGGUGGAUGCAAAGACCAUUUUCACAGGGCACACUGCAGUGGUUGAGGAUGUAUCUUGGCAUUUAUUGCAUGAAUCUCUCUUUGGAUCAGUUGCAGAUGAUCAGAAACUGAUGAUCUGGGACACCCGAUCAAACAACACAUCAAAGCCCAGCCACUCAGUAGAUGCUCACACAGCUGAAGUGAACUGUCUGUCAUUUAACCCUUACAGUGAGUUCAUAUUGGCAACUGGGUCAGCUGACAAGACUGUUGCAUUAUGGGACCUGCGCAAUCUGAAAUUAAAGUUGCAUUCAUUUGAAUCUCACAAAGAUGAAAUCUUCCAGGUCCAGUGGUCUCCACAUAAUGAGACCAUUCUGGCAUCCAGUGGAACUGACCGUAGACUAAAUGUUUGGGAUUUAAGUAAAAUAGGAGAAGAGCAGUCUCCUGAAGAUGCAGAAGAUGGUCCCCCUGAACUUCUGUUUAUUCAUGGUGGUCACACAGCCAAGAUAUCAGACUUCUCAUGGAAUCCUAAUGAACCAUGGGUGAUCUGUUCUGUAUCUGAGGAUAAUAUCAUGCAGGUCUGGCAAAUGGCGGAGAACAUUUAUAAUGAUGAAGAUACAGAGGGUGGUGUUGAUCCAGAGGGUCAAGGUUCCUAGACAAAGAUAUACUGUUCUGUCUGUUUCUUGCAAAAACAGAGAUUGUGUCUUCUGCAUCCAGCACUUAGACAUCGGCCAUUCAAUGCUGCACAGAGCUGCUUCUGGCUCCUCCUCUUCCCCCCUGCGUUCUAAUCUCGCUUUCACUGGUUUUUUUGAGGAAUCCCCUUUUAUUUUAUAUAUAUAUAUAUAUAUAUAUUGUUAUUUUAUAUAAAAUUCUCAUUUUAACCACGUAUCUGCUGCCAAGGCGUUUUUAGAAUCAAGGAGGGGGAGAGAGAGCCCAUUGUCUGACUCACAGGCUGGAUUCCCCCAGUGCCUUCCACUGCAUCCGACAUCAGGAAUAAUUC